UCAUUUUUCUCAACAUCACAAUCUUGAUGAAAGAAAAAAAAUCAAGGGAUCGUUUAAUUAAUAUAUAUUUAUCAAGCUACAGAAGGAACAUGUGUAAGAGUGUUUGUAGGCCUAUUUGUUCUCCAAAAUGCUGAUACACUCUGCAAUAGAGGAUGAAACACUAUAAUUUAGACACAAGUAGCAAUUUAUUAACGUGAUUUUUAUUACCGCCUAUGAGAAGUAUUAGCCUUAAUAUGCCCAGUUUUCUCAAAUUCAAAUAGUCCGUUGGCUGUGUUUUAUACAUUCUGUUGAAAGUAACUCCUAGUAACUACACUGUACACUCAGGGUUCAUGGAACGCACUGUCCGUAGGUCAUUAAGAGUUCAAGUGUUGGAGUACAAAUUCGCUUUAUACACGUAGUCAUUGAAACUAACCAUCAUCCGUUAUCAAACAUUGUUUUACUUCUCCAAAGUUUUAAAAUAGUAUCUUGAAAUUUUCCAAAGAACUAGAAGAGAAUGUUUGAAAUAGGAACAAAAUAAAAUUAUCACUUUGAGACGAAUAUAGCUGCAAGAAACGGAGCGGUGUGAAACAAAUCUAGGAGUGUCACUUUCCACACUUUAACCAUAAACAUCCCCUCCCUCUUCUUUUGGCGCGUUUGAGCUUAGUCUUUCAAAAAUAUAAUUAUAUUCGUCAUAACAUCAAAACACAAUUUCAGUUUCCGUUCGUUGUUUCCAUAUGACUUCAAUGACAAAAAAAAUCUUCAUAAUGGUACUCACUUUGAAUAGAUUUCUACAGUCGUAUAACAACCCAGAAUAUCUACUGGAUGCUAUUCUGACACCUUUACAUCUGUACAUAAAAAUAACAAAUUAUUCUUGGGCUCACUGACGAAAGAGCGCCCGCUUUCAGUCUAACAAACUUUUAACAUUUUACCUGUAAUAUUGAUUGGUGUUUAAGUGUGCGAAACCAAAUCUUUGCACAUGAUGUAAAAGAAUACACGGAAGUGCGAUUGUUGAUUUCCUACAAAUUUCGAAUGUAGUAAUUUCGUGUUCACAUACUCUGUUUUAGUUUAGAAUCUACUGUCAGUUGGAACAUACAGGACCUCCUUGCAUUGUUCACCGAAUGAUGGCGUCCAUUUCUGAACAUAUGGUUCUUAUUAUUUGCCUUGAAAUUAUCACCUCACAAAGCUCUCCACCAAAUCGGCUGUAUAUCACUGAUGGAGAGGGCAUCUAUAACCGCUCAAACAGCCUCCCUCUAACGGUAAUAGCUGGCCAACAACAUGACAUCACGUGUGAAGCAUAUGAAGCAAUGCCCUCUGCAGUAUUGGAAUGGCGUUUACCUGAUGAUAUGGCAGUUGUUCAUCAGGAUCAGUCUGAUGUCAUCCAAGACAACUUUUACAUUUCUCAGAAAGAUGUGAGAAUUCAAUUUUCCAGGAAUGAUCACAGAAAGAUUCUCACCUGCAUCGCAUCACAUCCACAGCUAUCUAAGAGCCUUAAUUGCUCAGUUCAUCUAAAUGUUCAUGUUCUUCCUAUGAGUGUGUUGCUCUUUCCAACUGGAAGUAUCCAGUCCCAGACAAGACUCAUAUACGUUCAAGAAGAUUCACCGACUUCAAUCACAUGUAAAAGUAUUGGAUCAUUCCCAGCGACCGAACUAUCCUUUCAGUUAGAAAGUGGCAAUGGUCUCGCCGAAAGAAUUCUUCCAAAUAUCUCAAGAAAAACAAGUAUUUUAGACCAUGAUUUGUUCGACACCGAGGGUACUGUAAUCGUACACCCAACUAUUGCACAUCAUGGGAAGUACAUUAAUUGCUUUGCAUUACUUGAAGAAUCUCUAGUGGAAUGGGUGUUUGCCAAAGUGGUCGUUUACGGCGCACCAGAAGGAAUCAAAAUUACUUCCCCUAUGGACCUAUACGAUGGCAUAGAAGUCAAUGUAAGCUGUAAAGCUAUAAAUGGAUACCCUGCACAGCAUAUCCAUUGGUACAUCGGAUCAAUGAAUCUUACAGAGGAGUCCUCCUUAAUCAUAAGUGAAAAUAAAGCUGGUCGAUAUGAUGCUGAAAGCACUCUGACUCUAAUACCGACGAGGUUUGAUCAUAGGAAACAUCUUUUCUGCGAGGCAGUUCAACCUACAACACUCCCAGCUCGUUCGGUGAAUCAAAGCUUGGUUCUCAAUAUUACAUAUCAUCCUGCUGUAUCAAUCACUGCUCGACGUCUUACAUCAAACAAAGCAAGUGGGACUACUGAGCUCGUGUUGAUAUGUGAGGCGGACGCCAAUCCUCCUGUCAUUACCUUCGUUUGGCUAUGCAACGAAACUCUAGUGUCCAGCUACUCCAAUAACUACAGGCUCACCGAAACUCUAUAUGAAGAUGCGACGCUAAGGUCCAGCGUACUUGCGAUUCAAGACCCACUCAUCAUGUAUCAUUAUGUUUACAACUGCACCGCUGUAUCAGAAUACGGCUCGGGAAGUGCAGCAAUGAAUUCCCUCUAUUUGUGUGAGCUUAAAGUUAUCUCUGUUCUUUUUUUAUAAUCAAACAACAAAUGAAGUGAUCAAUAUAUUUCUUAAUACUUUGUGUUCUGUUUUAUUACAUAAUUGAUGAGGUUUUGAUAUUCUUCUACAUUUCGAGAAGAAUCAUCCUUUUUAGGACUAGGCCUGUGGCGUUUAGUGACUCCUCCAAAAUUUUAAACUGAAUAAAAAUGAGUAAAUAAGCCAAGAAAAUUUGCUUUAAAAUUAUAUAUUAACGUUAUCCUAUCAGUAAUGCCGUAUCACAGAAAAUGGUAAAGUGUUGAUUUUUAACAUCUUAGUGAUACUUAUAAACAUUUCGUCUGAAGUUUAUUUUUGUAGUUUAUAUCAUAUUUUUUAAGAUUUCGUCCCAAAUCCACCUUCUGGGUUCACGAUUCACCAAAACCAGACGAAAUCUUCAUCUCUUUCUGUUGCCUGGCAACCAGGAUUCAUCAUCUAGAAAUAAGACCAAAAUAAAUCAUUCAGAAUUUAACAAUGCAAUGAACGAUGAUCCUUUACUUCUUUGUACAGCAUAAACACACGGAAAUAUGAUUUUGUUCAGAUGUAUUUGGUGGCUUAGCUAUUUAAUAUUUUGAAUGAAAUACUCUGAGUUGAUGUCUAUUUUGUAUUAUGUAAUAUAAAAUAAUAUAUUAGA